GCUACUUCGUAAGCAAUUGUUGUUCUUGUGUUUUGUAAUAUACACGUUUGUUUUUGCAUUUGUUUUAGUUUGUGAUGUUGCCGAAGACGCCUAAACCAGCUAUUUGGAGAUUUAUCAAGGGUAGCGCCAAGACACUAUUCGUGCUGGAAGCCGUCUGUUUCGCCGCCAGCUACGGUCUCUACUACCGCAUGAACACAGACCAAGAUUUUCGCCGGUACAUCAACGAGAAAUAUCCGUUCGCACUUGAGUAUUAUUAUAAAAUUGGAGAGAUUGUGGGCGACAGCAAAGUGCGCGACAUAGACGCCAAUUACUGGGGCUCCGCAACGGCGCAAUUCCAGAAGAAAGAGUAACAUUUGAAGUUUAAUUAAGAAUGG